AUGAAAUUUUCUUCUUAUUUUUGGAUACUUUUCUUUCUUUUCAAGAGUAUUUCUGGUUUCGAUUUGAAUCCUGAUGAUAGAGACUCUGUUUAUAACGGUAUCGAUACAGUAACGAAAGGAAUGCUGAAUUAUUAUAAUCCUUCGUCUCAUACAUUUACUGCAUAUUGGUGGAUGACAGGUUCUUCUCUUAAUGGCAUGCUAAAUACAUAUUCUGGAACAAAGAAUAGCACCAAUAUGAAGCUAAUUACCGAUGCCCUUUUGGCGAACAAGGGUGAAAAUAAUGAUUUCGCCCCAAACAGCGAGAAGUUUGACCUCGGUAACGACGAUCAGGGCAUUUGGGGCUUGACCGGAAUGUCAGCAGCUGAGAUCAAUUUUAAUGAUAAUGAAACGGAAACAUCGUGGGCUGCCCUUGCACAGGCAGUGCUGAACGAAAUGUCAUCUCGAUGGGAUAAUUCUACUUGUAAUGGUGGCAUUCGUUGGCAAAUUUAUACAUUUAACCAAGGAUACGACUACAAAAAUACCAUCAGUAAUGGCGCUCUUUUCCAAUUGGCUGCUCGCCUUGCCCGCUACACGCACAAUGAUACCUACGUGGACUUGGCGCGAAAAGUCUGGGAUUGGUCCGUAGGCGUCGGUUUUGUCGACUUGGAUUCAUAUGCAGUAUAUGAUGGCUCAAACACUGCUUCAAAUUGUAGCACUGUUACAAAUGAACAAUGGUCCUAUACAACAGGUGUCUACCUUGCUGGUACCGCCUUUCUGUACAAUUACACAAAUGGAACUUCUGAAUGGAAAGACCACUUGGACGGACUUCUGAAUCGUUCACUGACACACUUUUUCAAUGAAGAUAAAAUUAUUUACGAGCCUUCUUGUGAGACGUCAAACUCUUGCAACUAUGACCAAACCGCUUUUAAAGGUAUGCUUGCUCGUUAUCUUAGUUAUACCAUGCAGCUUGCUCCAUACACCAGUGAAACAAUCAUGUCCUAUCUCCAUGCAAGCGCCAAAGCUGCUGCUAAGGCUUGUAGUGGUGGUUAUGAUGCUGUCACUUGUGGAAACAGGUGGACUUGGAACAAUGGUACAUGGGAUAAUAAUUAUGGGCUCGGUGAACAGCUUUCGGCAUUGGAGGUGAUCCAGUCAGUCUUAACUCCUCAAUACACUACUCUUUUGUCUCUUGACACAGGCGCACGCUCAAAAUCCAAUCCAAGUGCCGGGCAAGAUACGCAAGUAAACUAUUCUGUUCCUGCUGCCACGAAAAGUGAUAAAGGCUGGGCAGGCUUUUUAACAGCGUUCUUUUCACUCAUUUUCCUAUUAUUUUCUAUAUGGUUGUUCUUUUAA